AGGAAAAGGGUGGCAAGAAACAAGGACCGCCCUCCUCCUCCCGUCUAUAAAUUCCCCUCCUCUUCUCCUCUUUACUUAGGAGGCAUCGAAGCCAAGAAAAGGGAGGAGCACCAAGGACUACAGGCGCCUUUUCAGGAUCCACAUCUUCCUGAGAGAGUUCUUGGUGUUGAUCUCUUCCUCUUCGACCACCUCCCAGGGUUCUACUGUCUUCGUUAUAAUCAGCCCUGUCGAGAAAUAAAGCUCUUGGUGUAGCUUGCUACUCUCACAAGCAAAGUUUUCAUGUCUGAUCUCGACGUUCAGAUCCCAACUGCCUUCGAUCCCUUCGCUGAGGCCAAUGCUGGGGACUCUGGUGCGGCUGCAGGAUCAAAGGACUACGUUCAUGUACGCAUCCAGCAGCGUAAUGGCCGCAAGAGUCUGACGACUGUCCAGGGAUUGAAGAAGGAAUUCAGCUACAACAAGAUCCUGAAAGAUCUGAAGAAAGAGUUCUGCUGCAAUGGUACAGUCGUCCAGGACCCAGAACUUGGCCAGGUCAUUCAACUCCAGGGUGAUCAGAGGAAGAACGUCUCAAAUUUCCUUGUCCAGGCUGGCAUUGUGAAAAAGGAACACAUCAAGAUUCAUGGUUUCUGAGCAACUGCCAAGUCCAUAGCAAGACCUGCAUGCAAAGCAGCUAUAUACCUGGGGUGGAGCAUAUCCGGUUGUGUACUACUAGCAGGCGAAUGCCUGCGCAUUCUGCAAUACACAUAAAACCUAGCCACCUCCCUGUGUGUAUGCUCGUUACCGUUGUGUCGAAUCUUGUACGAGGCACCAUCAUUCGAUGGUUUGUUACCCUUGCUCGUCAAGAUUGAAUAACAGAUGUUAUUUGAAGUGUUA